GCCUAGUGUCCUAUAUGUAGGACACUGAAAUUUUUCAAAUAACUCGAAAAUUUUUUUUUGUCAAAAAGCUAGCGCCCCCUAGGGGGUGUUUCUGAGGCUAUGGCCUUCUCGCGUGCAAGUCUUGGUUAGCGUGGGAGCACAGCUCGCCACGUGCUUGCAGUUUCAAAAUCGGCGUUCCGCGUGAGCUUCGACGAACGCCAUGCCGAGAAAGAAAAUUCAGAAGAUUCCCUGCAGUUCAUUUUACCGCAGAAGAGAUCCGCAAACGCUCAACGACAUUCUAAACCAGAUUGACGCUGGGGAAGAUGUACCGUCUACGGUGGCCAUUCUUCCGCCCGAAAAUCACGCGGCGGCAGUGACAGAUGAAGAAAGCGGUGAUGAAGAAUGCACCAGCAUGGACCAUCUGCCGGGGAGCACUCUUCGUGCUGAAGUUCUGGACACUUGUUCAGAGUCAAGUGAGGACGAGAACGACCAGGAGCCACCAGCUAAGCAACAGAAACGACGUGUCAAGUGGGAUAAACGCGAUUUGAACGCGAGUUUCCCAACUCGCCACUCGUGUGAUUCAGACUCCGCUGAAGGAGCACCGCUAACUCCAGUAGAGGCAUUUGAAAAAUUUUUCGAUGAUGAAGUCAUCAACCUGCUUGUUGCAAACACCAACACCUAUGCACAACAGAAGAAUCGGUUGUUGAACGUGAACGCAGGUGAGAUAAGAUGUUUUCUCGGCAUUCUGCUUCUCAGUGGCUAUGUGCCGGUUCCAAGGCGUCGCAUGUUGUGGGAAAACUCACGUGAUUCUCAUAAUGAUCUCGUCGCGAACUCUAUGAGGCGGGACCGAUUUGAAGCCAUUUUCACCAACCUACAUGUGGCUGACAACAACAACCUAGUACAAGAAGACAAAUUCACAAAACUGCGACCACUGUUUAGGCUCUUGAAUGAACGGUUUCUGUUGUAUGCUCCAUUACUAGACUGCUUCAGCAUUGAUGAAAGCAUGUGCGAGUACUUCGGAAAGCAUGGAUGCAAGCAGUUUAUGAAAGGGAAACCAAUCCGAUUUGGCUAUAAAUUGUGGUGCAUUUGCACCCCAUUGGGCUAUUUGCUUUCUGUUGAGCCCUACCAAGGGAGGUAUGGCGUCAAUGUGGAUGAUAAAAACAAGCUUGGUCUAGGAGGAUCUGUUGUUACAGAAAUGGUGUCCAGGUUGAAAGAAAGGCUUGAUUACUGUUUUCAUGUGUUCUUUGACAACUUCUUUUCAAGUCUCAAAGUUGUUAGAAUGCUUUCGUCAAUGGGUGUCAAGUGCACAGGCACCGUGCGGGAUAACCGAAUAGAAAACUGUCCCAUCCUGACACAGAAAGAAAUGAAAAGCAAGAAUCGAGGCUUCUACGAUUACAAAGUCGACGCUGAAUCUGAAAUUAUUCUAGCCUUUCAAGAGGCUAUCGUGGAGAAGCUGCGCCUCUAG